GAGACAGGCACCAACUUCCUGUGUGUCGAUCAGCGCUCAGCCGACUUCAGCCUGGCUGCUGCUGCUCCGGGAGGCUUGUGGCUGUGCACACCGGGCAGGAGGAGGCUUCAGCGGGUGGAGGAGGUAGUGUACAAGCCGGAGAGACUCCCGGGACCUCCGUGCAGAAGGAACAGCGGAAACAGGAGAUAUAAAUGUGGAUUUUUUACACCGGAGGGUCCCGCCGAUCCUGCUCCAGAGCGACCGCUUGGGCUCAGCAGACCCGCCGCAGAUAGCGUCACCGGAGUGGGGCUGAUGUUGGCCGUGGUGCUCGGCCUUCAUCCUCUUCAUCGUCCAGCCUGCUGUUUGUGUAUUUAGCCGGGGGUGAGUCCCGCGGGAGGACCGGAGAGAAGAGCGGGGGAGCGACGCAGCAUCGCCCCGUGCAUGGUGCAGCGGGGCCGGGGAGCGAGUGGAUGAGACGCCGGAGCUGACCCAGAGAUGGCUGUUCUCAAACUGGCGGACCAGCCUCCUCUCAUCCAGGCGAUCUUCAGCGGAGAGCCUGAAGAGAUCCGGAUGCUCAUUUACAAGUCUGAAGACAUCAAUGCUCUGGAUACAGAGAAGCGCACGCCGCUGCAUGCAGCAGCCUUCCUGGGCGAUGCAGAGAUCACCGAGCUGCUCAUCCUCUCUGGGGCUCGGGUCAACGCCAAAGACAACAUGUGGCUCACCCCUCUGCACCGCGCUGUGGCAUCACGGAGCGAGGAGGCGGUGCGAGUUCUGAUCCGUCACUCUGCUGAUGUGAAUGCUCGGGACAAGAACUGGCAGACGCCGCUUCACGUUGCUGCAGCCAAUAAUGCGCUGCGAUGCGCCGAGGUCAUCAUCCCUCUGCUGAGCAGUGUCAACGUGUCGGACCGUGGCGGACGCACCGCUCUGCAUCACGCCGCCCUCAACGGCCACACAGAGAUGGUGAACAUCCUCCUCGCCAAAGGAGCGAACAUCAACGCCUUCGAUAAGAAGGAUGGCCGAGCGCUGCACUGGGCUGCUUUCAUGGGUCAUUUGGAUGUGGUGUGUCUGCUGGUGAGUCAGGGGGCUGAGAUCAGCUGUAAGGACAAACGGGGGUACACUCCCCUCCACACGGCGGCGUCCAGCGGACAGAUCGCUGUGGUCAAACACCUGCUGAACCUGGCCGUGGAGAUCGAUGAGUCCAACGGGUUUGGGAACACGGCGCUCCACUUGGCUUGCUUUAAUGGUCAGGAUGCUGUCGUCAGUGAGUUGAUCGAUUAUGGCGCCAACGUCAGCCAGGCCAACAACAAGGGCUUCACCCCUCUGCACUUUGCCGCAGCGUCCACACACGGAGCGCUGUGUUUGGAGUUUCUGGUCAAUAAUGGGGCUGACGUCAACGUACAGAGUCGGGAUGGAAAGAGUCCUCUACACAUGACCGCAGUUCACGGACGCUUCACUCGAUCCCAGACCCUCAUCCAGAACGGCGGUGAGAUCGACAGUGUGGACAAAGACGGAAACACUCCUCUCCACAUCGCUGCUCGUUACGGUCAUGAACUCCUCAUCAACACACUUAUCACCAGUGGAGCAGACUGCACAAGACGAGGAGUCCACGGCAUGUUCCCUCUGCACCUGGCAGCCAUGAACGCUCACUCGGACUGCUGCAGGAAGCUGCUGUCCUCAGGUCGGAGGUUUAGCAUAAUGUGUAACGACUCGGUCCUGUCUGCAGGCUUCCAGAUCGACACGCCGGACAGUCUGGGGAGGACCUGCCUGCACGCCGCUGCUGCUGGAGGUAACGUGGAGUGUGUGAAGCUGCUCCUGAGCAGCGGAGGAGAUCACAACAGGAGGGAUAACUGCGGCAGGACUCCGCUCCACUACGCUGCAGCCAGCCGCCACUUUCAGUGUCUGGAGACUCUGGUUGCUUGUGGCACCGCCAUCAACGCCACUGACCAGUGGGGGCGCUCUGCCCUGCACUACGCUGCUGCCUCAGACCUGGACAGGAGGCGUCGUGUUGCACUGGAGCCGGAGAGUGAAGGAGUCCAGGCGGAGAGGGAGAAAGAGGCAGCGCUAUGUUUGGAGUUCCUGCUGCAGAGCGGAGCGACGGCGUCUCUGAAAGACAAACAGGGCUACAGUCCUGUUCACUACGCCGCAGCCUACGGACACAGGCACUGUCUGGAGCUGCUGUUGGACAGAGACGACAGCCACCAUGACGACCCUGAAGCUCUGAACGCCCGGAGCCCGCUGCACCUCGCCGCGUAUCACGGCCACGCUCAGGCUCUGGAGGUGCUGCUGCAGGGGGAGAGGGAGGUGGACCAGGGGGACGAGUCAGGGAGGACCCCUCUGGCCCUCGCUGCUCUCCGAGGACACACUGACUGUGUACACACGCUCCUCGGUCAGGGGGCGUCGCCUCGCACCACAGACACCCAGCACGGACGCACACCCGUACACCUGGCAGUGAUGAACGGUCACACGACGUGCGUGCGCCUCCUGCUGGACGAAUCGGAAGCUGCAGAGCUCGUAGACGCUGCGGACGCUCAGGGACAGACUCCUCUGAUGCUGGCGGUGGCCGGAGGUCAUGUGGACGCCGUGUCGCUGCUGCUGGAGCGUGAAGCAAAUGUCAACGUGGCCAAUAAACACGGUCUGACCGCGCUGCACCUCGGGCUGCUGUGUGGUCAGGAGGAGUGUAUCCAGUGUCUGUUGGAGCAGGAAGCGUCCGUGUUGCUCGGAGACUCUCAAGGUCGCACAGCGAUCCACCUGGCGGCGGCUCGAGGCCACGCCUCCUGGCUGAGCGAGCUGCUGUGCAUAGCCUGCUCGGAGCCGCCGUCUCUGCCCCCGCUGAGAGACAACAGGGGGUACACGCCGCUCCACUGGGCCUGCUACUACGGUCAUGAGGGGUGUGUGGAGGUGCUGCUGGAGCAGAAAGGAUGUCGAUGUAUUGACGGGAAUCCAUUCACGCCUCUGCACUGUGCUGUCGCGAACGAUCACGAGCCGUGUGCGUCCCUUCUGCUGGAGGCCAUGGGCUCAGACAUCACCGGCUGUAAAGACUCAAAGGACAGGACUCCUCUUCACGCUGCAGCGUUCGCGGGUCACGUCGACUGUGUCCAGCUGCUCCUCUCCCAUGAUGCACCCGUGGACGCUGUAGACCAAUCGGGUCGCACUGCCCUGAUGAUGGCGGCAGAGAAAGGCAGAGCGGGAGCCCUCGAGGUGCUGUUGAGCAGCGCCAACGCCAACUUCAGUCUGACAGACAAAGACGGAAACACCGCCCUGCAUCUAGCCUGCAGUAAUGGAAAGGAGGAAUGUGUGAUGAUGAUCCUGGAGAAGCUCUCUGACACGGCGCUCAUUAAUGCGACAAAUACAGCGCUGCAAACUCCUCUCCACCUGGCGGCUCGCAGCGGUCUGAAGAAGGCGGUCCAGGAGCUUCUGUCUCGGGGAGCAAACGUUCAGACGGUGGAUGAGAACGGUCUGACGCCUGCUCUAGCUUGCGCUCCUAGCAGAGAGGUGGCUGACUGUCUGGCUCUCAUACUGGCUACCAUGAUGCCUUUCUGCUCCCCUUGCAGCUCCGGGGCCCCCUCCCCAGGCGCCCUGCUGAGGCAGCUGCCCCACCAGGGGGGGAAAGGCCCGAGCAGCGGCCCCAGGGCGCCACGCAGCCCCAGGAACCCCUCCGGACCCUCCAGCGAGGGAACAACGGAGAACGACUCGGAGGACUCAGAGACUUUCUGACGCCUGCAAACCGACUCUCUACCCUCCUACCUGAAGAUGUGCACCUGAACUCUUGACCCCCCCCCAGGAUAUGAUGCAGUUUUUUAACGUGUGCUCUUCAGCGAGGAGGGUAGAGACUUGGUUCGGAUGUUUUUUGCUCUUCAUGCGUGGAGAAUUGUACAGAGCCGCUCCCUCUUAGUGCCCUUUUUUUUCCAGAAACACUGAGCUGAUGAACUGACUGAAUCCUGCAGCUGAACAAGUCGCUCCACAAAGACGUAGAAGGAGGUUUUAGAUCUGGAUCGAGGAGAUUGCGGUCCGGGUCUGCAUGCUUGUCACACCACGGUUUGUUCCUCCUCCUCACGGGUGCUUAAAUCCAAACCGACCUCGGUACUUCAGCCUCUGCUCGCCUCAGAGACUCGUUUUGUCUUAAAAAGAAGAAGCCAUUUUUAACUGUUUGUAUGAAAUGAAGUAGAAAAUGAAGAAAGUUUAGAUGUGAUUUUAACCUUUUUAUGAUUUUGGCUUGUUGUUGUACCAAAUAUUUGACUUCCACACAUAAAAAACAAACAUGAACCGAAGGAGACAGGUACUAAGAGCUGUUGUUUUGACAACUGAAGCACAAAUUAAAACUUUGCUUUGAGUUUUUAUGA